UCCAGCGAUCGAACCUGUAGUGAAAACAGGUCUGUAACCUGACGAAAGAGGCGAGGUCUAGAGAGGACUGCAGGGGAAGUUGUCGACUCGUUACCAUUGCUAAAAACUAUACGAUCACGAAACGGAUUUAACGGAGUGACAACGGAUGCAAAACCCUCUUCGGACCUCCCCCUAUUGCAGAAUGGUGCCGUGACCAGGAUGUAGUUGUGCAAGUACUGAUGCAUGAUUCAUGAUCACUUUGUUGUUUUAAAAAUAAUACAUAUUAGCGGUAUUUUGUACUCAAGUUUUAUUGUCAUAAUUUGUAUUUGUGACGUUGUAGAUACUCUAUUGAAAGAUAUUCAAGGCCUCUAACAAUAUACUGUCUACUAGAGUUUACAAGUUUUUAGGUUGAUAUUUUUGUUGUUGUUGCAUUUUUUUAAUAGAAAUCUACCAAUAAAUAUGGAUAAAAAUAGUGAUACUGAGUUAGUCUCUGAUCGGGAUUAUGAUAGCAUAGAGGGAGAUACAGAGGGGCAUGGUAGUGUAUAUGUUCCAUGUUCGUCACCCGGAGAUAGACAGAAGGUGUAAGGGGUAGCAACUAUCCCACUAACACCUACAACCGCUUCACCUAGAGAUAGAUUUUUGGGUCAGAGUAGGGCUAGGGUUUCUCGUAGAGAAAAGCAACCCGAUACCUUUAAUGGAUCAAGUAGUGAUUGGCAGGACUACAUAGUACAUUUUGAGCAGGUUUCUACAUGGAAUGGGUGGACAGAAACUGAGAAAGCUCAGCAAUUAAGUAUGAGUCUUCGGGGAACUGCUCAGAAGCUUCUUAGUAGCCUAACUAGUGGUCAGCUGUCCAAUUAUCAGGCAAUUAAGAAUACACUGACUCAAAGGUUUAAUCCUAAGGAACGUAGUGUUGCCCAUAGGUGUGAGUUUAGGAAUAAACAGCAGGGAAAAGGUGAAUCGGCUGCUGACUUUGGGUAUACUCUAAGGAGACUAGCUUUGUUAGCUUAUCCAGAGCUACCAUAUACAUACCUGGAGACCCAGGUAGUAGAUCAGUUUAUCAAUGGGUUGAGGAACUGUGAAAUGAGAAAGAAGGUUACGUUUAGUCACCCACAAACAUUAGACGAAGCUAUUUCCUCAGCUGUUGAGUUUGAAGCAGUGUUAGGUUGCACCUCCAUUAAACUUCAUGGCGAUUCAGUGAAAGUUUGUACUUUACAAACGGUUAGCGCUAAGUCUAAAUCUAAUGAAUAUGAGAAUGAGGAGAAAUUGACACAAGAGACAAUAACCCAACUUAUCGAUAAACAGAUAGGUAAUUUGUCUAGGAGUAGAAAUGAGCAUAGAAAACGUUCAAUCGAGACAACUACAAAAACUGGUGCUUGCUAUUUUUGUAAAGAAGUAGGGCAUUACGUAAGGGACUGUGCUAGGCUCAGUACUCUGAAGGAAAGGGAAGAAAGGGUAGCAAAAGUAGAGUCAGACCAAAGGAAAGCUGAAGUCGCAGCCAAGAUCCCAGCUGGUCAAGAUGCAAUACACACAUUAUGUAUUUCUAGGCAUAAAACAAGGUUGGAGAAAAGAGAGAAGACUCAAGGGAAAACAGAAAAACAAGAGACGGUGUCAAGUCAGGUUCGACAAACAUUACAUGAUGUAUAUUCAGACAUGGGUUGUCUUUAUACAGAUGUGCAGGUGCACAAUGUAACAUGUAUGAUGCUGAUAGAUACUGGGUCUCCUGUUUCUGUUCUCUCCUAUGCAGAGUUUUCAAAAUUGGGGUUAGAUGAACUGUCGCUACAGAGAUUUGAAACAAAUAUCACUACAGCGGAUGGUAACCAAGUGGAAGUUAAAGGGUGUAUUCCUUUAGUUUUCGAAAUGGGCUCAAAUACUUUUGAACAAAUAUUUGUAGUGGCUACCGUAGAUAACCUGUCUGGGAUGCUGGGAAUGGAUUUCUUGGUGAAAUACAAUAGUACAAUCCUGUUAGAAAAGGGAAUACUUGAGACCUGUCAGGGAAAUUUUCAUUUAAGUCAACAGAGACGUGAUAGUGACAAUGUAGUACUAUCUGUAAUGAACAUGGAACCACAAAUUGUCCGUAAACAGCCAGAGUUGGUAAUUAGUACUGUAGAUACAGUAACUAAGGACAUAGGUCAGGAAUGUACAAAGAUAGAUGAGAUUGUGGAUAGUGAACAUCCAAUCAGAGUUAAACUUCGUAAAGGAAGUAAUGCUGUUAAUAUGAACACUACUGAGGGAGAUACUCAUUCCGUGAACGAUUCGAAUGAAGUCUCAGUCUUGAAAAACGAAUCUUAUGAGAAGACUUAUUUAGCUAGUACCAACAAUGCUACCUCAAUCAAUCUUCUGAUAGGUAUGACGAUAGUGAUGAUUGCGAUGACUAUGCUUGGUAUGAUUAGGUCUGAUCAACUAGUUCAUGUAUUACUUACGGGUCAUACUGAUGAGUGUAAAAUAUCUGGUUCAAAUCUGGUGACACUACUAGACAGAAAAUGGUACUGUCAGACAAGUCGUGUCGCUAUUGGUAGACCAAAGGUUUGGUAUCCUCCGUAACUAGACCAGGUAUAGCUAUGGAUGUGUAGAUGUGUAAAUACGUAGUAGGAAAUAGGUUGUUAUAGUUCGUUUUUAUAUUGGAAAGUAGUUGAUACAACACCGGAAAUGGGUGGGGUAUCUGUAACAAUCCGAGCAACUGUUAAUAGUUGUCAUUAUUGAAUUAAUAUAGGAGCCACCUUUACUCCCUAUAUGCAGAGUUAGAUGAAGUUAGCCAAAGGGUAGUAAACAUAAAUCUUAGUACAGUAAUAUGUGAAUUUUGUAGUAGAGAUGUGGUCUUCUUAGAACUUGUAUAUAGUACCAGACAUAUACGAGGUAGAGACAAUACUGUCUAGUUUGAACAGACAUGAAUAAUGCUUAGGUACAUAGCCUAACACUAGUGUCUCAGGAAAUAAGUACAGGAGCUUUACCAUGGCGUGGACAGGGGUUUGGAGCUCAAGGAACUGUAAACAGUUCCACCGAGUUCCAUAUCCGUAAAAUGUUCAAGAAGAUUAUGAUGGUCCAACAAGGGACACCGAGCCGAUGGGAACGGGAACUCCAUACGCUCCCAACCGCCGACCAAACCAUGAGACCAGGAGGGAAAGGAACCAUACCACAAGCUUGACUGAGGGAUUAAUGAAGUAUCCUGACAGAUUCGCGGGAAUGCUUAAGCUUUAUUGUGUAUUUCAACGCAUGUGAAUAAGUGUUAUGCAUUGUCAAUAUGUGUGUCAUGCCUUAUGUGGACUAAUAGAACUUUGAUGAACUUUUGUUGCACAUGGUACAAAGUUUAGGACUUGGAUAAAUAGCUGUAUUCACAAAUAUUGUAAUGGACAUAUAUAUUUGUUGAUUAUGUCAUGCAAAUUACAUUUGCAUCACUGGGUAGUAUAGAUAUUGGAACUAGGAAAAGGUAGGCAUAGUUUAUCUGUAGCCUAGCGUGGGUUAACAUUAGCAGUCGAUAGUCAUAUAACGUGGUUAUUUGUUAAGAUUGUUAUUAGACAAAGUAAAUUUAUUAUAGAAAAAAAAAAUAUUACUUUGAUCUUAGGGGGGAGGAGUGUGGGAGGGUAGGUUGUUUACUUCUCACAUUUGUAUUACUUUGUUAAGUAUGAUUGUUGUUUAUGAUUUAGAGACAGGGAUCUGUUACUUUCUGUGUUAUUCACCCUUAUGUAGGGUAGGGCUUUUCGUUCAGUGUAGGAUUCCUGGCGAUCAGCUGCUACGAUACCGGUGCUGAAAUCUGUGUGUUUACACUUUUGAGACGGCCGGAAGUGGGUGAUAGUAAUAACAGGAAUAGGUUCCCGCUCCUCGCUCACAUGCUUUUAGAUGGUGAGGCUGGGUUCGAGAUUAACAGUUGGUCACUCAUCUUCGAGGCUAUUUGGUG